CUCCCCGGCCGCCCUGGUUUGGUAGGCGGCUGGGAAGGGCGGCGGCUCCGGGGGCCGUGCUUGGAAUCCCCUUGGUGACAGCGGUGACCCGUGGGUCUCGGUGCUGUCGUGGUAGGGGAGAGGCUGGAUGUGCUCCUGGGGAGGCCUGGGGGCACCCCGGGCUGGGGCCGGCGGUGUCCGCGUUGCCAUCCUUUCGCCGAGCCGCUGGGUCGUGGCUUUGCUCAUGACGCUGCUUCGGUCUCUUGGCCCUCCUUUAGCCGUGGAGGGACGUACCGUAGUUGCGCCAGGUAGCUUUCCUCCUUGUCUUUAGGGAAAAUCGAUGCAUACUGCGUUAUUAGUAAAUCCUUCCGAGGCUCCUCCGUUCCUGCCAUCAAAAAUUGGGCGUUUGAACCUUAUUUCUCUUACUGUUUUAUGUCAUCUGUAAGACUAGCUGGCUUUGGAGGAGGACAACUUAGCUACAAAAACUCGGUCUUGCAUUCCAAGCGGCCCCUGGGAAAUACCCCCUGAUUGUUUACUCAAAUUAGUUUUGAGAAAGCCCCUUUGCACUUCCUGAAACCGUGUCAGGAGCACUUGUGGUGUUGGCUGAUGGAAAAAAUGGCGCAAAAGAAGUAUUUAAUAGCAAAACUGACAAGUUGCUUAAGAGAGGACAAAAUUCAGCUAUGGAAACCACCAUACACAAAUGAAAACAAAGAAGCUGGUAAAGAGAUGAAGGAGCUUGUACAAAAAUACUCAUCUAAGCUGAAUAUCAAUGAGAAUGAUACAGAGAAUAUGCUUGAAGAAAUACGGUGUAAAGCAAUUGAGCGCGGAACAGGAAAUGAAAAUUUUAAAGUGACUGGGAUUGCGAGACUUGAUAUAUAUCUGCCUCGUAGAAAAAGCAGAAAAAUCCCACUGGAAACUAACCUGUUCAUCACAGGCAAGGAGCUCAGAUCACAGAUAGCACAGGAACAUGCAUUAAAAGAAAAUGCUAUCAAAAUAAUCAUAAAUAAGAAGCAGCUUGACCUGGGCAAAACCCUUGAAGACCAGGGUGUAACGCACAAUGCGAAAGUGAUGGUACUUCAACUGGAACAGAGUGAUGAGGAAACUAAAAGAAAAGUUCAGGAAGAAGAGCUUCAAUGCAAGAAAGAAAAAGAAAUAAAUGACAAGAUGCAAAGAACUAAGAAGGGUUUAGAAAUUCUAGCAGAGAGAGAGGAGUACUUGGAUCCAGAUUCUGUUCCAUAUCUAGACAUAGCUAAUCAGACUGGAAGGUCAAUUGAGAUUCCUCCUCAAGCUAAAAAAGCACUUGUGCUGGCAAUGGGUUAUCAUGAGAAGGGCAGAGCCUUAAUGAAGAAGAAGGAAUAUGAGAUAGCCCUGCCAUAUUUGUUGGAUGCUGAUAAACACUUCUGUGAGUGUAGCACAGAACUGCUGAAUACUGUUGAUAAUUAUGCAGUACUGCAGCUGGAUAUAGUGUGGUGCUACUUCCGCCUGGAGCAGCUGGACUGCCUGGAUGAUGCAGAGAAAAAGCUGUCCACAGCACAUAGAUGCUUCCAGAGGUGCUAUGGGGAGAACCAUGAAAGACUUAUUGACAUCAAAGGAAGCUAUGGUCGUGAGAAGGUUUUAUUUCUACGGCUUUACCUCCUUCAAGGGAUAGGACACUAUCACAGUGGCAGAGAAAAAGAGGCUGCUGAGUAUAUUCAGAAGGCAUCUCGUUUACAUGAGGAGCUGUCCAUAGAUCCUGAUAAAGUUCAUCGCCUGUCGCUCCUGGGAUUCUCCGAACAGGAAGCUCGCCUUGCCCUGCGAGCAUGCCAUGGGAAUGUGGAGCAUGCUGCCAAUCUUAUCACCAACAGGAGAGAGGAAAAGGCACAGAUACGGAGGGAGGAGAGAGCUAAAAGAAGGCAGCGACUGGAAGACAUAAAUACUUUGAAAAGUAUGGGCUAUUCAGAGAGAGCUGCUCAAGUAGCUCUUCAUAAUACACAGGGAAACCUGGACCAAGCCUUUCAGUUUAUUCUUGACAAUCCAGAGUUAUUGUUGGAAGAUGAUGAUCAUGAUCCUGUGGCCAUGGACCAGUUUCAGGUUUCCCAGGAAAGUAUUGAUCAACUGAUGUAUAUGGGUUUCAGCCGUGAGUCAGCAGAGCAAGCUUUAAAGGUCUUUAAAGGCAACAUCCACUUAGCUUCCCAAACCCUUGCUCAUUAUGGGGGAGUUCUUCCUGCGUCACUGCAGCUGUCUCCAGAAGGGUCCAGUCCGUCAGAAGAAUCAACUUCAUCAAAGGACUCGCCUACAGAGUCUGCAGGUUCUUCUAGUUCAGCAACAGAUGAAGACAUGGAGACUGAUGCAGUCAAUGAAAUCCUAGAGGAUAUUCCUGAACACGAAGAGGAUUAUCUGGAUUUAACACUGGAGGAAGAGGAACAGAUCAUUCAUGAAUACUUAUCCUAUAUACAAGUACCACAGCAUUAAAUCCCAUUACAUCUACUUUAGUUAUAUGUAUUUACCUUGACAAAUUGAGUUUGGAUUAUAAAUGCACCUUCAGCUUAUCUCUUACUUAAAUGCCUUGAAUUCUGUUAAACUAUAGGUGGAACACUUAAUUCCUGCUUAUUUAUAAAUCUGCUUAAAGCCUACAUUUGUGAUACAUUGUAAUUUAUUGUCAUAGCAGAAAAAUAGAAACAUUUAUUUUCAGAAGAAAAUUUAAUAGAACUAAACUAUAUUUUUAUUGUGAAAUAAGUUAAUUCACUUAGUAUUCAAGUAAAGAAGCAUUUCUAUACCAUUUUAAAAUACCAGCUUUAAAAAAAAAAAAGUGAGUUUGUAAAUCAGAAACCUAGCUCAUGAGGUUAGAGGUAUCGACUUUCAAACUGUUCUCCUUUUCUUCUGAAAGAUUUCUAAGAGACAUUUACGUAUCUGUUGUGCAUGGAUUUAUACUGUGUUCUGCUUGUCACUUCCUGCAGGUGUUACACAGGCAAUAAAGAUAACUAUGUGCUGCUCC